ACUUCUCUGUGCCUCGGUUACCUUAUCUGUAAAAUGGGGGAAAAGAUCGUGAGCCCCCAUGUGAGAAGUGGACUCUGCCCAACGCGAUCAUUUUGUAUCUACCCCAGCACUUAGUAAAUAAAGUGCUUGGCACAUAAUAAGGGCUUAACAAAUACUGUUAAAGUUUUUUUCAAAAAAUAACAAAGAGAUGGAGGCAGUCAGAUAAUACCAGACCUCAGAAAAGCUGCUAAGAUGCACUCAGAUCUCAGAAACCCCCACAGAUCCCAUGGCACCGGAAAGCCCCCCACACCCAGAGAAAACAGCCUAGCAGAAUGUGCGAGUCAAGAGAAGGGUUUUAGUAUCGAGGGCUGCGGCGGUGCUCUUUCAGCCCAGCUCAUCUUCGGAGCAGGGACCAAACUCACGGUUGAACCCCGAGGAAAUCAGGACUAUCGAGAGCCAUCCGUCUUUCUCUUGAAAAACGAGUCCACCUACGCAUGUGUGGCCAACAACUUCUACCCCAAGAAUGCGAAAAUUCAUAUGAAGUUGCCGGGCAAAAAGACCAUAACCAACAUAGAGCACAAAGCUGUCACUUCUGAUGGAAAGUAUAGUAUGGUCCAGAUUACGGAAUUUGAAAGCGAUGGAGCAGUGAACUGUACUGUUGAACACGAAGGGAAAUAUGUGACCCCUCAGCAGGACAAGGAGAAAACAGAUGAUUCCAAGACAAAGACAGACAAAGAGUCCACUUCGAAAAACUCCAUGUCUGACUCAGGAAAGGAUGACGCGCAAUCGAAUCAGCAGGAAGCUGGGCCCAUCUGCAGGGAGAUCAAAGUGCGAUCCGAGGUGGUGAACACGCUGUCCGUGACUGUGCUGGGGCUUAGAGUGAUUUUCGCUAAGAGCGUCACCCUCAACCUCCUCCUGACGGCCAAGUAUUUCUUCUUCUGAGGCUGGGAUGAAUGGGGUCCUUCCCCUCCAGAGAAGAGAACCACAGCUCAGGAGCUGUUCCUUCCUUGACUUUCAUCGCCCCCAAGACCACGCCGUCCUUUUGCCGCCUAGCUCGAUGGACAAAUCAGUGGGGACCAAGGCCUUUCCCAGGCCAGAUGGAAGGAGGUUUUUGCCCAGAAACGGACUAAGGGCCACGGAGAGAGAGGACUCACCCUACAGCCUUGCUGUUCCUGUGUGACUAGACACAGGAGUGCUUUUUGCUCUGUCUUCAGUUGAAAUAUCUAUUUCUUUCUAACUUCCGGGGUUCAGGUCUGAAAUGGCCUCUGAUCUGAGAAUCUAUCUUUUGGGAAAGAGAGAGGGUCUCAGAGGGUCUCAGAAAAUUUUGGGAGCAGGGAAGACAGGUUGGGAAAAGAAUGUUGUUUGGCUCAAGAGAAGUAGCCUGACUCUCUCUCAGUCACUGAAGAUGAUCAUGAAGAGCCUUAAAGUCACUCGAUCCAGAUUUCUGAAUAUCAUCCCAAGCCCCACUUCCCAGGUGAUCUCCACUUUUUCUAGACUUCUGCCUCUCUCCCCAGGUCCUACCUCCAUGUGGCCAUUGCUUGUAUCGAGUGUGACAUCGUAACUUUGGCAUGAGAGAUCUCUUCCCUGACCCCUUUCUCUCUGUACCCAAUAAACAUUUAGUAAAUACAA